AUGGAACAUUGUCAUAACUCAAAAUCAAUUGCAGAGGCAAAAGACAUGAGCGAGAGCGAGAGCACUUGGGCACCAACCCCGGCCACCACCCACCCAACGCAACCGUCGGUGACCUUCGUGCCCCCAAUGACUAGCCCUGAUGCCAGGGCACUAGCCCCAGCCGCAUCCCACCUGAUGCAUGCGCUUGUCACCAUCAAGGCCUCUGCAGCCAACUCCGAUGCACCAAGGGAUGAGUUGAUUAGGCUCUUACAGUCUGAUGCCAUAGUGGAGGACUCCCGCCACGAUCUAGACCGGGGAUCUAUUGAUGAUGAAGAUGGUGCCUUCAAAAAGCUCAAUCCAAAGGAAGGGAGUGCAACUAGUGCUCUAGGGAGUGUCACUUGCCCUAGGGUGGUGCUACCAAAGGGAAGCAUUCAAGUGGCCACCUUCAAGCAUGUAGAAGCAGUAAGGGAGGAGGCGCAUCUGGGCCAUGGCUCAGACACCGAAUCAGGCGAGGGCAUAGGAGAUGCCUUAACUUCGCCUGACACACAAGCAGGUAUCUAG